AAUCAUCUGUCCUUCAAACGUGGUAAGAAAAUUAGUCUGCAUGUGUCUGAACAGACAAAGAAUGUGAAAUUUUGUUAAUUAUGAGACAACUGUUUGUCUUUGUACAUCCAAACAUGAUUGCUACGACAGGCGAUCCGGUGGUUGGAGCUCAUGUCGAGCAGUAAGACAGACAGACAGACAGACAGACAGGCAGACUGACGGCACACCGAUGGAAGCUUAAAGGUUCAGAGGUCAAAUCACUCAAGCUCUGUUUCACCUUUAGGAAGUUUCAAAAAUGCACAAUACUUUUAAAAAAUGCAAGUUGAUCUCCUAUCUCCUACAAUGAAGAAUGUGUAGUAUUUUUAAUUGUGUUUCUGUGGGUUACUUAAUAAGUUCACUGUUGUCCCAAGCCUUUAAAGUACAAGACCUUUUCAUACAAAGUAAGGGAGUAACGGAGAACAGAGAAAUCCUUUCUGACUUGUAUCAAGAUUUCUGAACCUCUGACACCCAAACAUCACAGGAAGUGUCCUCACACACUCCUCUUAAAUGUUAAGGUGAAAAGACAACAGUUUAUUGUUCACCCUCUGCGCUAAUAUAUUCAUUAAAUUAUCUUCUAGCACUGAAUGUUUUCCAGGAUGAUGGGGUUAGCUGGUGUCACUCCCAGCAGUCAUUGGACAGAAAGGGUCACAUUUCACACACGAAGUACAUGCAAACUCCACCGUCAAUCAAACAGAUGAACUCCUAGCCAUCAGAGGACUAACAGCUUGUUUUACUUUUUGUCCCCUCUGCAGAUUUGUAAACAAAGAUUUUUUUUUGAACCAUUUUCCUUCUGCAGCUUUGAAGAGGUUGACCAGGCUUUAAAACUGGGAGGAACUACAUGGGCCGUCAUAUUUACAAUCAUCUCUGAUUCCCUCAACUCAGCUCCAGAGACUCUGACUUGGUGCCAGAAAGAUCACACUGGAUAAGCCGUUACACAUUUAUUGCUCCUGCCACACGGCAGAAAACUCAUCUGGUUUUCUUUUGGGAGUAUGAAAUGCUGCAGAAUAUGAAACAAGCGCUCCCAAUUCUUUGGCUCCCACACUCCAAAGCACUUCCAUGAAUGAUUGUAGGGAGUUAAGAAAGGUUGGCAGGCUGCCUAUCAGUGCAGCUGCAGAAAACGGGCGAGAUGGGGGAACGACGAGUGGAUUAAGGAGGGUCAGAGUUUAAAUUUUAGACUGUAAUCCAUCACAAAUUACUGAUUACCUGCUGCAGGGUGUUAUCUGUGGAUCAGCCUUGGACCACAGAAUCCGACUACUGGAUUGUAACAGUUGCAUUCCUGUGUUAGCAGUGGUGUGGACCUAAACCAGUAGUCGCUGCGGUCUUUAAACAAUGCACUGUUCUGGCUCCAUUUCAAUCUAUUCCUUCCUCCUCCUUCCUUGUUGUUGACCAACGCCCUCCAAUGUCCUCUCUUCCUGGACACAAAGAGCUUUUCUAUAAUCCUUAAAGAUUAUAUAUUGUCAAUUUGACUAGUUUGUUUGUGGUUAUAAAUAGUUUGAGAAAGAACUGUGAUAUUAUAAGGUGCAUAGGAAAUUAGGACUAAUACCUUCACUAACCUUUUCAAGACUAUUAGACACUUAACCCACCUUGGGAGACUCGGAACAAUUCUGAAUCCAUGUGUGUCACAUAAAGGCUUUAAUAUCAGCAUUAAUAGUUUUGUUAUUAGCAGAAGUUCAGAUCAGAUUUGAUCUCAGCACCAAGAAAACAGUUUAUUUAGGAAAGCUCGCUAUUAAACAUGUACUUUAACUUUGAUUAAUUCAACCAAUUAUAUUGACUUAAUUAAAAUUUCUAAUUUUAUUUUUUGUACCACCUAAAUAAUAUAGUUUGUGAUUUAACUCGGCCAAUCUGCCUCGAUGAGAUAAUUUGACACAUUUGACCGAUAACUUGAACGUAAACAAUGUGCAUACGUCAUGUGCCUGCGUUCUACGCCAUGCUCCACCACGUGUGACGUCGCGCGUUGAUUAGCUACGGAAGGUACGAGAGACUGCGCGUAGAAACAAAUGCAGUAAGAACAGUGUCUGUAGCUUCUUGUGAUAAUUAAUUAACUUAGCCGUUUGGUUAAGGGGGUAAAUUAGAAACGUGUAUAUAUGCGUUACCUCCUUGGAACCUGCGCUUGGAAACAAACCUGCCAGUCAGCACAGAUCCUCGACCUGAUUGGCUACUGGAUUUUGAGGAAGAAAGGGAGAGAGAGAGGAGGAGGAGGAGAGAGAGAGAGAGAGAGAGACGCCAGGCUUGUGUUCAGACUCCUAGGGGGCCCCUGUGCAGCUUUCUAAAAAGUCUGCUCUUGCCAAGCAGAGAGGCAGCCUAUUUAAGACAAUCACAUGAUUUCACUGGGAGUCAAAAUGGUCCGCGGGGGUCAGGAUAGAGAGAGAGACUGAGCGUGUGUGCAGAGGGAGGGAGAGAGUGAGUCGGGAAAAUGACUGGCCGAGAGACGAGACUUGACUUCAUGUGAUUUUUCUGCCCAAAUCAAUUGCACUUAGACAUGUAUGCAGACUUGUAUGGAACAACCCAGGGGUAUUUGUAUGUACAAUCCGUUGAUGCUUCAUUCAUUACAAGUCCUGCUCUACUGCUGCUGCUGCUGCUGCUGCUGCUGCCGUGAUCUCUUACCGUUGGACUGCUUUAAUUGAGCGCUUUUGGAUUAUUGCAAAGUGGCUGCGUAAUACUGGACUGCGCGUCUGUGCGUAAAGGUGAUCCACAGACAUGACUCUCCACCGGAUUGGUGCAGUUGACAGGAGAAUUUGGAUUUCGCUCUUCUUCCAUCUCUUUUGUUUCACCACAGCGGGCACAAGUUUGUCUUGGAGUAAUACUGCUGUCAGCGCAGAGUCUCUCCAGGAAGCCUCGGCUUUACUCCAAAUUCUCAACUUACCUCAACACACAGAGUAUGAGAUUGUGUCUCCAUAUGAGGUGGACCACCAAGGCCAGUACAUCUCACAUGAAGUUGCCCACCAUCAGAGGAGGAGACGGCGCAGAUCCCUGAACCCAGAUGAAGCCUCAUCAAGCACUAAUAGUGACAGUGAAACGGUCCACUUCCGUCUGAGUGGCUUGGGGCAGGACUUCCACAUGGAGCUGAGCACGUCGUCAGAAACCCUGAUUGCACCUGGUUUCACCGUCCAGAUCCUGGGAAAGAACGGCACCAAGAGCCUCAGGGCCUACCACCAGGACGACCUCUGCUUUUACCAGGGUUCACUUAGGUCGAGGGUCAACUCCUCAGUGGCACUGUCCACAUGCAUGGGGAUGUCAGGUUUGAUCAGAACUCCAGAUGCAGACUACUUCCUGAAACCAGUGUCACUCAGUCUGGCCCAGAGGGAAAACUUCACGGCUCCAUCCAAUCACCUGCCACACAUUCUCUACAGGAGCAGGAGGGACGUCAGCUCCGACCAAAGUCACCAAGUCCUUCAGAGAUCUACAAGAGACUGGUCAGACGUCAUCCACAGCACAGUUAACAGAGAUCGCCAACUUGGUCAGGAACACAGUCAUCAACAUGGCAAUAGUAACAUGAGUCACGUCAGCCAGAUGGAGCAUCACGGCAGUAAACAUCCUCACCACAGCAGCCAUCACUAUGGAAAUAACGACAGGCACGGGGAGAAGCACAGGCAGCACUUUUGCGGGAGAAGGAAGAAAUACAUGCCCAAGCCUCCGAGAGAGGACAUUUAUAUGCUUCCAGAUGAGUACAAGUUUAUUCCCAGGAACAAAAGAGCAGUGCUGACGAAGAACCAGGCCAAUCAGAAGCUGAACGUGGAGACUCUGGUGGUGGUGGACAGAAAGAUGAUGGAUAACCACGGCCAUGAGAACAUAACCACAUAUGUUCUGACUGUGCUGAAUAUGGUCUCCAGUCUUUUCAAGGAUGGGACAAUAGGUGGGAACAUCAACAUCGUGAUUGUAGGGCUGGUGCUUUUGGAUGAAGACCAGGACGGCUUGGCCAUCAACCACCACGCAGACCACACACUGAACAGCUUCUGCCACUGGCAGUCGACUCUGGGAGGCAGAGAAGGACGCCGUCACGACCACGCCAUCCUCCUGACAGGGCUCGACAUCUGCUCCUGGAAGAACGAACCCUGUGACACCCUCGGCUUUGCUCCAAUUAGUGGGAUGUGCAGCAAAUACAGGAGCUGCACCGUUAAUGAAGACACCGGCCUAGGCCUGGCGUUUACCAUCGCCCACGAGUCGGGACACAAUUUUGGAAUGGUUCACGACGGAGAGGGUAACGUUUGUAAAAAGUCUGAGGGCAACAUCAUGUCUCCUACGUUAGCCGGACACAACGGUGUCUUCUCCUGGUCCGCCUGCAGCCGCCAGUACCUCAGCCGCUUCCUCAAUUCUGCCCAGGCCCUGUGCCUGUCAGACGAACCCAGAGCAGUCAAGGAGUAUCCGUACCCUGAGAAACUGCCUGGGGAGCUGUACGACGCAGACACUCAGUGUAAAUGGCAGUUUGGAGAGAAGGCCAAACUCUGCACCCUUGAUUUUAAGAAGGAUAUCUGCAAGGCCCUGUGGUGUCAUCGUGUUGGGAGGAAGUGCGAGACCAAAUUCAUGCCAGCUGCCGAAGGCUCAGCCUGCGGCCCUGAUAUGUGGUGUCGUAGGGGCCAGUGUGUGAAGCAGGGUGACGAAGGCCCACGGCCUCAGCACGGUCAGUGGUCCGAGUGGUCAACCUGGUCUACCUGCUCACGAAGCUGUGAGAGCGGCAUCACCUACCGAGAGAGGCAGUGCAACAACCCCAGGCCUGCGUAUGGUGGGAAGUUCUGUGAAGGCUCUUCCAGGUCAUACAAACUGUGCAACACUGAUCCCUGUCCUCCCGGCUCCGUGGACUACAGAGCACAGCAGUGUGCCGAAUUCAACGGCAAACAGUUCAGAGGCUGGUACUACACCUGGAGACCGUACACGAGAGUGGAGGAUCAAGAUGUUUGUAAGCUGUACUGCUUCGCUGAAGGUUAUGAUUUCUUCUUUGCCUUGGCCAGCAAAGUUAGGGAUGGAACCCUGUGUUCCCAGGACAGCAGCAACGUCUGCAUUGAUGGACUGUGUGAGAGAGUGGGCUGUGACCAUGUGCUGGGCUCCACGGCGGUGCCUGACGCUUGUGGGGUUUGUAAAGGAGACAACUCCACCUGUAAGAUCUACAAAGGACAGUACACCAAGCAACAUUACACCAACCAGUACCACGGGGUAGUAACGAUCCCAGCAGGGGCUCAAAGUAUCCGUGUAGUUGAGUUGAACACUUCCAGCUCUUACCUGGCUGUAAGGGACACCCAGAGACGCUACUACCUGAAUGGACACUGGACUGUGGACUGGCCAGGCCGACACCCAAUUGCUGGUGCCGUAUUUGAAUACAAAAGACCUUAUAACAGGCCAGAGAGUCUUUUCUCGACUGGUCCCACCAAUGAGACGCUGGUCGUAGAAAUACUGUUGCAGGGCUGGAACCCUGGUGUCCGUUGGGAAUACACUCUGAAGAAAGCUGAUGAGAAAAAGAAUUCUAACAAACAUCAUUACUCCUGGGCCAUCAUACGCUCCCAGUGCUCAGCGACAUGUGGAGGAGGCCAGAUGAACACCAGACCAGCCUGUUACAAAGACUUGAGAGUCCAAGUAAACACAACGUACUGCAAUCCCAGAUCAAGACCAGCUACUGGACCCACGCCAUGCAAUACACAACCUUGCCCUGCCAGCUGGUCUGUAGGGGAGUGGGGGGGGUGUAGCCGAGGCUGUGGAGGAGGAGAGCAGAUUCGGCAGGUCCAGUGUGUCCAGAGAAUCAGCCAGGUCAACGCAGACGUCCUGUCUGACUCUCAGUGUUCCCAGCCCGCCCCAGCCAGGAGACAGGCAUGCAACACACAAAGCUGUCCCCCAGUUUGGACCGCAGGGCCGUGGUCGCAGUGUUCUCGCAAAUGUGGCACCGGAGUCAAGAAGAGGACAGUGCUGUGUACGAGCACAGACCCUGGAGUUCAGACACGGACACUUCCAGACAGUGUGUGUGCAGGUCUACCAAAGCCCGCCAGUCAGGAAUCCUGCUUCAUUAAACGUUGCCAAAAGCAGCGAAAGGUCCAGUGGUUUGUCUCCACAUGGCAAGAGUGUUCUGUAACCUGUGGUCGGGGCCACCAGGCACGCUUCAUCAAAUGUGCAGAGAAGGACACUGCAGGGAAAUACAGAGAGCUGGCUGCCAAGAAGUGCCACCAUGUCCCUAAGCCCACGGUGGACCUCCAAAGACCCUGCAUACUGGCUGAGUGCCCUGUCCGUACGACAGCACCGGUCCACAGGUGGAACAUGCGUCAUCGCACUAGUCCAGCUCAGCCUCCCCCUCGAGCAGAAUGGCAGCAGUCACCUUGGUCUCAGUGCACCGUGACAUGUGGUGGAGGAGUCCAGGCCAGGACAGUCCAGUGUUUGUCUCAGGGGAAGCCGGCUGCAGGCUGUCCACUCCAUCUCAAACCCACGGUGUCUCAGGCCUGCAACACCAACUUCUGCACACCGUCUGAGAAGAAAGAUACUGCAUGUAGAGAUUACUUCAGCUGGUGUUACUUGGUGCCCCAGCAUGGAGUCUGCAACCACAAGUUCUAUGGCAAGCAGUGCUGCCAUUCCUGUUCAAACUCAAAUCUAUAGUCAUACAAACCAACUGUUUCUGCGUCACUGAUGGAGCAGUAGUUUGAAAAAAAACAAAACAAAAAACAACUAUAUUCAACGUCCACGCUUUGAAAAGACUGUAUUGUCUUAAGCGUGUGGCGAGCACUGAAACACAGAGGACAUUUCAGUGGAAGUGCAGUUGCAGUGCCCUUUCUUCUCCCUGGGAUGCCGGACAUCUGGAUGCAAGAACUCGAUGCUGUCAGCACAACACAUGAGUGUGAUCAGCGUGGUACAAUGAAAGGAGGAAUUGUGAGGAGAAACUUGCAAAAUGGUCAUCUUGAUUAAAAUGAAUAGGACUUUUGAAUAGAACUUAAAAGAAACUGAAAACCCUGAGAUUUGUUGUUAUAACAUCCAAGGCAGUGAACAUCUUACCAGCAACAAAAGCCCAACGAUGGCAAACCAACAGAGAAAUAUGUCUGAUGAGGUUUUAAGGACUGAUGUGCAACGAAGCGUGAUAGGUCUUGGUGUUCACUGCUACUUUGGAGCUGUGGAUUCUGAUCGUAACAAAGGGAUAUUUCAAAGAAACACGUACAAAAAAAAACCUUUGCUUUUAUUUUAAAGAUUGAUUAAAACAAAAGGACUGGCUGUGAUUAAUCCAUGCAGGUUGGUUGAUUAGCCGAGAAGAAACGAGAGAAGUAGUCUGCAGUUGGUUUUAGCUGUGUAGACUGGUUUUUGUACUCAGUGGUGCUACAAUGUUGUAUUUCGUCACCAAUUUAAUGUGAACUUUCAGGACAGUUUCAGAGGGAACUGAAUUGUGUGACCCAUGUACAUUAAUGUAUGUUUUAUUUAUUGGCUUUACAAUACAGCAUUGCUGGAAAACUGUAUUAAUGAGCAGUAUAAAUAUGUCCUUUUAUUACUCUACCUGAGGCCCAUUACCCUUAUAUUUUGUAUUGUUUCAUAGGAUUUAAUGCUGACAAACUGCACCUUUUUUUUUACUCAAAUAUUUGUCUGUUUUUGUACAAAACAUGUAUGUGUUGUCAAAUACUCAGUUCAAACAAUGGCUCAACUCAUGUGAUCAUUUUACAGCAGCUGCCAAGUGAAAAUAUGUCAAUGUCAUAAGGUACAGUCCACAGUUUUAGACGCCUGGCCUAUUUUGUGAUUCACAGUGUUCUGCGUCAUGUAUUGCAUGCAUUAAUAUGGCACUAAAGUAAUGCAUUUUUAUCACCUAUUGGUAAAAAGCACUGACGAGUGAUGGAUAAAGGAAUUUCAAAGUGACUUUUUCAAUGUAAAUCAAACAAUAAAGACAUUUGUGUCAGCUGUA